AUUACUUACCGCCACUAUUUCUCGAAUGUCCGACUCAGACUGGGUUCCUAUAUCUGACGCAUCAGGAUGGCCGCUAGAAGUAACUUCCUUGUCUUGUCUUCUGGGUCCCAAGAUCCCUUUGGAGCUUGCCAACGGAACAUUCACCUUGACUUCACUAAGGUCUUCUGCGCUGCUUAAAGAAUUUGCCACACUAUUCAAGAGCUCACCAGGAUUAUUCGGUGACACUAAUUGCAGCUCGCAGGUCUUGUCAGUAUUGGACUUGAUACUUUCAACUGUCGCAGCACUCCGCGCAAUUUCUGAGAUGUCAACGAACGACAUCCAACGUCCAACCACUCUUUUCUGGUCGUUACUACUCCGGUCUCUUGUUAUUACCUGUUAUGACAAAUCUUACAUCUUGGAAAAUGUAUCGUUUGCUUUACCGAAACAACCGGAAUCCAAGUGCGUCGUAUUGGAUGGACACGCCUCUCUUCUGGUUUCUCAUCUUGCAGAUAAUUUUCAACCACCGAGGGGCGAGGAUGUGGGCCCAACCACCGAGGAACCGUCCUCUAUUCCAGAACCAUAUGUCGCAGAAUCAAAUCCGAGUCAUGACGAGAGCAGUUAUAGUCCUUCAGACGAAGAGGAGCCAUUAUCUGACCAUUCUGAUGAAGAUCUUGCCUAUGAGAGCACGGAUAUUUCGACAGAGCUGACCUCAGCGCCGUCGUCGAAUAUUCCGUUAGAGGCUCAUGUGCUUUCUCAUUGGCGACAAUCUGAUUCCGUUGCUCUCCCAUUUCUCUGCAUUACCGAUAGAGAGAACAUUAUUCCGCUGGUCAAGAGCACAGUCUAUCAGCGAUAUACGUGGGGAAUAUCUGAGCCCGUAGUAGGGAUCAUCUUGUCAGAAACAGGAUGCAUUGGCCGAGUGGUGAUAGGCUGGGUUGACGGAUCCACUGAGUCAGAUCACGCUCUGCCCGGAGUCAGGAUUGCAUACUCCGACGAGCGCUCUCCAGACUCUUCGUUAGGAAUCUACGAUCUGACUGACCCAGUUUCAACUAUUCAACUGGCGCAAUUCAUCCUCAACCUUCGUACACAUGUCGAAAGGAUUGCCUCAAAAUCAUCCAACCCGACUUUCAAGCCCAUUUUAUGGCGAUCCGACUCGAUUCCAUUGGAUGAAGAUCGAUCGGGACCGGAAGAACGAAGAGAAAGAAGGAUCCACAUUUGGUUACGCGGUGUUCCUUCAUCCCAGGGUGACUCGGCGUCUGCACACAUCGAUCCUCCCGCCACCGCUGAAAUUACAAAAAUGUCGCUGCCCUCCAAGUCCAGUAAACGAUCUGCCUCAGCCAAAUCGACAUCGCAAGGUAGCCUCAAGCCCCCCGUCAAUACAAAGCAACGGCAUAAAUCCCACGAAACUUCAACCAUGAGUUCAGCAUCCACUCGCUCCAAGUCCGCAUCAACGAUGGCAAAAGUGCCUGAAGCUGGAAUAACGAGCAGUGAUCCUUUGAGCAUCGGAAGUUUUCUGUCCGACCGGAACGCAUUUAGCGUCGCGCGCCUACCUCUUAUUGAAGCUGACGCGAUGGAUCCGAGAGAAUUUUUGGUGAAGGAAGAUGGACCUGCGCUUUCGUAUGAUGAGAAAAUCGCCAUCGAUGCCGCCCAGGAUGAAGAGGUCACCGCCAUGGCCAAAAUCUACGACGAACUGACUGGAUAUCAGAAACCAUUAUGGGAUACUCUACCAUCUGUCGAUGUCGCCGUACAACAUUCUCUCGAUCUACUCAUGCACCAGGUGGAGAAAAUGAAUUUGAAAUCAGAUAAAUAUGCCACACUUGAUCCUUCCCUAAUGAAAAUCGUCUCCUCUUCGCUCUCUUUCCUUUUAUGUGUCUCUAUGGGAAGCUUCGCCAAAGGCCUUUCCUACAAACCUAAUGAGGCCGAAGCCAGACAUUGCUGGGAUUUCCUUCUCUACAUCUCUUUUGUUGUUUCAGGCGAGGUUGUCUCACAGCGGCUCCUGUUGGAAAGACUGUUGUCACUUCCGAGAAACACCAUCCUUGACUUAGUGUCAGACAUUAAUAAUGCUUGGUUGAGGACUGAAGAGCGAGCAGAAGCUGCGGUGCGACUUUGCACGAAAACCUACAGCGCUGUUCAAUCUCAGUACGGACCUCGGGACCUUGUUUGGAAGCAAGCCUACGAGACUCUGGACGAUGCAUCUAAGCACGUGGUAGAAGUAGUGGCGUUGAUGCAGGAUCCUGGUAAUGCUGCUGAGGUGAUCAAGAAACGUGCCCAGGAAGAGCCUGAUAAUGCUAAAUGUGAUUCUUUUCUGGCGUUCCCACUCUCCAUCCCACCCUCCACCCCGAAACGCAGCCGACCAGAGCCUCUGGUGCGUGGCUGGGAUAAUCUCAAACCACCAUCAUCGGACGAUCACCCAAGCCAGCCAAAGAUUGAGGAGAAAAUCAUCCACUCCACUCCUACCGAAGAGGAGAAGCGGCGGAUGAAGAGCCCAUUCUUCACCAAUGCCUCAGAGACAAAAACUUUCAAGCUUACCCAGGCUGACCUCGAGAAGAUCGUCGAGAACCUUCUCGGAAAACAUCUCAUUUCUGUCCUUGUCGGCGAGUACAAGAAGCCUGACGAGGAGGAUGGAAAGGCCGUGAAUCAGUGCAAGAUGUAUCUUGUCAGCGCAGUGAUGCAUCUCAAGAGCCUCGGUAUAACCAGGUACCCUGUGUUUGGUUUGGCCACUAAUGGCACAUUGGGUGCGCUUCUUUGUUGCUGGUACUCGAGAAGAUUGGAUCGCGUCUUCAUCAUGGACCGGAAUAUCCGGCUCUUUGACAUCUCUUCCCCAAUUCAAGCGUACCAUUUCAUGACAUUCCUGCUUCGAUUACGUCGGUGGAGCGAUGAGCAGCUUCAGAAGCAUCAAGAUAGGAUUUCAGCGAACGCUAAUGGCACAUUCCUGCCUGAUCGCUCCUGGACUCGGAAAGCGCAGAAAGAGGCAGCUAAGAAGGAGCUAGCAGACAAAAAGCUAGCGAGAGGCGAACCUGACAAGGAUGCAGACAUUGUGGCUGAACAGUUCGCUGAGAUGAAAGUUUAGAGGCAUCGUGAGCUCGAGAUUCUUCUUUAGUUGCUGUGAAGUUUGCUUAGUACUUGCUUUCCUUGCUAUAAUAUACCCAGUUCUAUCCAUGCUUUGAACGUACGUCGAACCUGUUGCAAAUUAUUGAACAUAAAAUGUAUUUCGCACAAAUCCGAGUCCUUUUAGGACGGGGCUGAGAACAGCACCCGAAUCAACUUGCGUUGACUGAAAAGAAAUAGGAUGUCUGAACUAGCUUUGUGGAGGCUGACUGCCAUUAGCGAUAUGAGCCUAUGAAUUGCAGCUGUGGAGGUCGAGAGCAACAACCAAGGAACAACUUAAACUUUGACCAGUGAUGCCUUCACGCACACGCGUCAUACUGGCCACUAGAAACAAUUCCCUUGU